CCUAAUAAUUAUUUAUUUAUUUUCUUCUAAAAAAAUAUUUAUUUAUUUAUUGGAAAGGAAAGGAAAUGGAAGAAAGAAGAAGAAGUUAUUUUGCCUAAAAUCUCAACAGAGGAAAAUAAAUAAAAUUUCAGUUGUGAAUUGUUGAAGAAAAAAGUCCACCAUUGCUGAGCUUUCGAAACCUACUCUCAGAUCGAUUUCUUCCUAUUCUGACACGUUCUUAAGUUUCGUGGAAAAACUAAUUCGCUUUCCAGGUUAGGGCUUUCGAUUGGGGUGAUUCGAUCAUCUAGUGUUUCUCUUGCGAUUGAUUUCCAGAAUUCUAGAGUUUCUUUCUGGAGUGUUGGUGAUUCAAUCCUGACAUGGAUUUGGUAUCUGGAUAUAAGGGUGUUGUUGGUCUGGUUUUCGGUAAUGAGAACUCUGGUUCAAGUGAAGAUAGCUAUGUUGAACGAUUGCUUGAUCGUAUAAGCAAUGGUAAGCUGGCAGAGGAUAGGAGGAACGCUUUGAUUGAGCUUCAGUCUGUUGUGGCAGAAAAUCGUGCUGCACAAUUGGCAUUUGGUGCAAUGGGCUUCCCUGUUCUGAUGGGUGUGUUAAAGGAAGAACGUGAUGAUGUAGAAAUGAUCCGAGGUGCUCUAGAAACUCUUGUAAGUGCCUUGACUCCUAUUGGCCAUGUGAAAGCACAAAAGAAUGAGGUUCAACCUGAGUUAAUGAAUGCUGAUUUGCUUUCUAGAGAGGCAGACGGCAUUUCACUUCUUCUGAGUUUGUUGGCAGAGGAUGAUUUUUAUAUUCGAUAUUAUACUCUUCAAAUCUUGACAGCUCUUCUCACGAACUCUCCAAACAGAUUGCAGGAAGCCAUUCUCACAAUUCCUCGUGGUAUAACACGGUUGAUGGAUAUGCUUAUGGAUCGUGAGGUUAUACGAAAUGAGGCUUUACUACUUCUUACUUACUUGACUCGGGAAGCUGAGGAAAUUCAAAAAAUUGUUGUCUUUGAAGGUGCAUUUGAGAAACUUUUUAGUAUUAUUAAAGAGGAAGGGGGUUCAGACGGGGGUGUUGUUGUGCAGGAUUGUCUUGAGUUAUUAAACAAUCUUCUUCGUAGCAAUACAUCCAAUCAGAUUCUGUUGAGGGAGACAUUGGGCUUUGAUUCCUUAUUGUCAAUUUUGAAGCUACGAGGAAUUAGUUACAGUUUCACCCAACAAAAGACAAUUAAUCUACUCAGCGUGUUAGAAACCAUUAAUUUAUUAAUUAUGGGAGGUUCAGAGGCUGAUCCCGGGAAAGAAGCGAACAGGUUGACAAAUAAGACGACCCUUGUUCAGAAAAAGGUGCUGGACUAUCUUCUAAUGUUGGGUGUUGAAAGCCAGUGGGCACCUGUUGCUGUUAGAUGUUCGGCAUUAAAAUGCAUUGGUGAUCUUAUACGCGGACAUCCCAAAAAUCUUGAUGCUCUUGCAAGCAAAACUCUUGGUGAAGGACUGCAAGAGCCUGCUAUUAAUUCGAUUCUUCGGAUAAUCUUGAGGACUUCCAGUACACAAGAGUUUGUUGCAGCUGAUUAUGUUUUUAAAAGCUUUUGCGAGGAAAAUACAGAAGGACAAGCAAUGUUGGCAUCCACAUUAAUCCCUCAACCAUACCCCGUGGCUCAUGCUCCUAUUGAGGAGGAUGUAAACAUGUCAUUUGGAAGCAUGCUAUUACGGGGUUUUACUUUGAGCGAAAGUGAUGGAGAUCUUGAGACUUGCUGCAGAGCUGCUAGUGUUCUUUCUCAUGUACUCAAGGACAAUAUCCCAUGCAAGGAAAGGGUUUUAAAAAUUGAACUCGAGGCACCCAUGCAGUCUCUAGGUUCUUCUGAGCCUCUAAUGCACCGCAUGGUAAAGUACUUGGCUCUUGCCUCUUCCAUGAAAAACAGAGAUGGAAAGUCUAAUGUGGCCAGAAAUGCAUAUGUUCAACCUAUUAUUUUGAAAUUGCUAGUCAUCUGGCUUGUUGAUUGCCCUAGUGCAGUAAACUGUUUUCUAGAUUCACGAGCCCACCUUACAUAUUUGCUUGAGUUGUUGGCAAAUGAAUCUGAACCCGUGUCCACAAGGGGGUUGGCUGCUGUUAUUUUAGGAGAAUGUGUGAUUUACAAUAAAUCAAUUGAGAGUGGUAAAGAUGCUUUCUCACUAGUUGACACAGUAAGCCAGAAAGUUGGACUUACAUCGUACUUUCUGAAGUUCGAAGAAAUGCAAAAAAGCUACCAUUUUGCUACCGCAAGCUCCACCCAGCCCCGUAGAACACUGAGUAGAUCUACUGCUGCUAGUAUGGCAGAUAUUGAAGAUGCUGAUGAGAGCUACUUGGCUGAUGAGAAAAAUGAAGCUCAUCCCAUUCUGUCAUCAGUCUUUGAUGACAUUUUCGUAACCCUGGCAAAGAGGUUGGAGGCAGAUAUUAGGGAAGCAAUUAUAGAUGUUUACAGUAAUCCUAAGAGCAAGGUGGCUGUAGUGCCUGCUGAACUGGAACAGAAGAGUAGCGAAAGCGAUGCUGAGUACAUUAAACGGCUGAAAGCGUUUGUGGAGAAGCAAUGCAGUGAGAUACAGGAUCUUCUUAGCCGGAAUUCUGUUUUGGCGGAGGACCUGGCAAAGUCUGGAGGGGGAAGUCAAUCCCAAUCUGAGCCUAGAGCGAGUGGAGCCUUAGACAGGGCCCAAGUAGAGAAACUUAGACGGGAUCUUCAUGAAGCAUCCCAAAGAUUGGAGAUGCUAAAAUCGGAAAAAGCCAAUACUGAAUCAGAGGCAUCAAUGUACCAGAAUUUAGCUGCCAAGAUGGAAUCUGAUUUGAAGAGCCUAUCGGAUGCUUACAACAGUCUUGAGCAGGCCAAUUUCCAAUUGGAAAAAGAGGUGAAAGCACUAAGAAAUGGAGGAGGAGGAGGAGGAGGGUCUUCAGCAAUUCCAGAUAUCGAGGCAAUAAAGGCCGAAGCAAAGGAAGAAGCUCAGAAAGAGAGUGAAGCAGAGCUCAGCGAUUUACUGGUGUGCCUUGGACAAGAACAGAGCAGAGUGGAAAAACUAAGUGCAAGGCUAUUGGAGUUGGGAGAGGACGUGGAUCAACUGCUAGAAGGUAUCGGCGAUGAUGCUGGUCUUGCAGAAGAUGAUGACGAUGAAGAUGAGGAAGAAGAAUGAUAAUGGUUUCUCCAUGAAUUUUACUUCCAUUGCAUUGUUUUCCCUACCUGCUCUCGGUUUCACCCUUGUACAUUUUCUGGAUGAACUGUACAGUUUGUUUUACAAAAUUUGCUAUGCUUGAAUUCUAGAACUAACUUUAUUUAUAAUCCCUUUAAGUCAUGACUUUAAAUUAUGAUUAAUUCAGUUCAGACCCUUGUCA